UGAUGCAUAUUUUAAUGCUGUACAUAAAAUUAUAUUAUAAAUUAUAUCACAUAAGAAAAUUCGAUGUUUUCAGAAUGAUAUAUAUGAUAAUGUCUACCAUGGCAGCUACCGUCGUCGUUUCGCGUUCUAGAAUGACUAGGCAAAUUGAUCGAGAAACCACAGAAGGUUGGAGAAAACGUUCUAUUUUUUGUUCGCUUUACGUUGGAACGUGAAUAUUUUCACGUAAAAAAUGGCUAUGGACGGAAAGCGAUCUAUAAAGAUGGUACGUCGGCAACUAUCACACGAUCCCCUCUCACCAGGUCCAUGUUUGGACAUCAGUGAUGAUGAACUUGUUACAAUAUCUGUCAGAGAUUUAAACAGACAAUUGAAAUUGCGUGGAUUAUCUAGAGAAGAGAUAGUACGAAUGAAACAGAGAAGAAGAACUUUAAAAAACAGAGGUUAUGCAGCCAGUUGUCGUAUAAAACGCAUAGAACAAAAAGAUGAACUAGAAUCAGAAAAAACUCAGGAAUACCGUGAUAUGGAAGCAAUGCAGGAGGACAAUAAUCGUAUGAGAGAAGAAAUAGAAUCUUGGCAUUCCAAAUAUCAGGCACUCAAAAAAUUUGCUGCAGAAAAGAAAAUUCAUAUUCCAUCUGAAUUAGAAAUCAUAUAAACAAUAUUAAACAAUAUAUAUAAGUUAUAUAUAUAAGUAUACAUAAUUAGUUUUUGUAAAUAUAUAUUAUCUUUUAAGUACAAUGAAUAAUUAAUAGAAAAUCAUAUUCAUCAUGAUCACCAAUAAAUAAUUGAAACACAAGUUUUUAUUAUAGAGAAAACUUUAGUUUACUAUCUGUAUUGAAA